GCCUGCAAGAUUUGCUUUUCGAGGACGACAGGAAUCCCCUCAGCGAUGCGGAGUCGGCUGUCUAUUCGGACUCCGGCGAGGAUGACCUGGAUCUGGUAGCUGUCACCAUUGAAAAGGUGAAGUGCCGGCGCGUCGGCACUUCCAUGGGGCUCAGCCACUUCUUUGGUAGCACGACCAGAAACUCCGUCACAGGCCGCAUUGUCAUGAAGGAAGACAGGUAUUUGCCCGGCUUUCUGCUAGUGGACAUUUUUGGUCGGCGUCGGCUGGUCGGCAGCCCUCGGCAGCUGUGGGAGGAUCACUACAUCUUCAGACCGUAUGUGAUGGCCAACCGGACCUGGAUAUAUCACAAGUAUGCGAAAGAUCCUUCCAAGCUGGCGACGGUCAACGCCAAAGAUUCAAUGAAUGGCAUGAUCAAAAAGAUCUUGGAGCUGCAGUGCGUGGAUGUCGACAUCAACAGUGGCCGACACUCACCGCUGAUGCUGUGGAUGGUGUGCAUCAGCUUUAUCGCUUGUACCGGCGAUGCUGUCCUUGUGAGCAUUUCCUUGGUCACAACUGCGCUGAUGUGCUUCGUGACGUACACCCACAACACGCCCGAGAAAUACAACUGGGUUCGGCUUUGGCUGCUCCCCUUGCGGCUGGCGGCUGGCACUGGUAUCGUGCUUCGU